AUGGAUAAGUCGUGGAUUUGGCUUCCAAGGAAUAGCCACGAGUAUUCAGAAGGAGCAACUAAUUUUGUGAAUUCGUCCGCAAAAAGAUUGGGAAGUCUGUCUGAAAUGCUAUGCCCUUGUAGAGACUGCCGCAAUCUGAGCCAUCAGUCACUGGAUAAAAUUGUGGAGCAUUUGGUGAUUAGGGGUAUGGAUAAGAAGUAUAAGAGUUCUCGUUGGAGUAUUCAUGGAGAAAAAAAAGAUUCUGCAGAAGACAGUGUUCUUCAAUAUGAAACAGAGGCGUUUGAUUUGUUUAAGACAAUAUUCUCCAUGGACGAAGGUGGUCCAAACCCGACAACUGACAACGAAGACGAUGAAGCACCAGAGGAAAUUGAGUUUAAGAAAAAGCUCAGAGACGCUCAAACGCCAUUAUACUCGGAUUGUCUCAAGCACACAAAGGUUUCAGCUAUCAUGGGACUUUACAGAUUCAAGGUUAAAAGUGGUGUGUCGGAGAACUACUUUGAUCAGCUGUUGGUUUUACUUGAGGAUUUGCUACCUGAAGACAAUGUUCUUCCCAAGAGUUUAGCUGCAAUCAAGAAAUUUCUGAAGAUCUUUGGGUUCGGCUACGACAGUAUUCAUGCUUGCAAGAAUGAUUGCAUAUUGUAUAGGAAGGAGUAUGAGAACCUAGAAAGCUGUCCAAGAUGCAAAGUUUCAAGAUGGGAAAUGGAUAAGCACAGUAAUGAGUUAAAGGUGGGGAUUCCGGCAAAGGUCCUUAGAUAUUUUCCAAUCAAGGACAGGUUUAGGAGGAUGUUUAGAUCACAAAGGAUGGCUGAAGAUCUGCGUUGGCACUAUACCAAUGCCACUGAAGAUGGUACAAUGCGGCACCCUGUUGAUUCUAUCUCUUGGGCACAAGUGAAUGCUAAAUGGCCAGACUUUGCUGCUGAUCCACGGAAUCUUCGACUUGGGAUUUCUACAGAUGGGAUGAACCCUUUCUCCAUGCAAAGCACCAAUCACAGCACAUGGCCAGUGUUGUUAGUGAACUAUAACACGCCUCCAACCAUGUGUAUGAAGGCUGAGAAUAUAAUGCUGACUUUGUUGAUCCCUGGUCCUACUGCUCCUGGUAACAACAUUGAUGUUUACCUAGCACCACUGAUAGACGAUCUAAAGGAUUUGUGGGCUGAGGGUAUUGAAGUGUAUGACUCAUUUGCGAAGGAGAACUUUAAUCUCAGAGCCUUGCUGCUUUGGAGUAUCAGUGACUAUCCAGCCUUAGGAACACUGUCUGGAUGUAAAGUAAAGGGGAAACAAGCCUGCAAUGUAUGUGGAAAGGAUACACCUGCAAGGUGGCUUAAGUUUAGCCGCAAGUUUGUCUACAUGAGUAACAGAAGGAGACUACCGCCUGGCCAUCGUUACAGAUAUAAAAAAGCUUGGUUUGACAACACUGUGGAGGAAGGGAAUGCUAAUAGGAUACAAACAGGCGCUGAGAUAUAUGAGACACUACAAGCUUUUACGAAUGAUUUUGGUAGACCUCUAGAGAAGGAAAAAAAAAGGAAAAGACUAGAGUUGGAAGAUGAUGAGAGGUUACAAGAAGAAGAGUGUGAAGAAUCAAAUGAACUAUGGCGGUGGAAGAAGAGAUCAAUAUUCUUUGAUCUACCUUACUGGAAGGAGUUGCCUGUUCGUCACAAUAUUGAUGUUAUGCACGUAGAAAAGAAUGUGUCCGAUGCUAUAUUGUCUCUGUUGAUGCAAAGUGCGAAGUCAAAAGAUGGGUUGAAAGCAAGAAAAGACUUAGAAGAUAUUGGAAUCAGAAAGCACUUGCACACAGAGGUGAGGGGAAAGAAAACAUACUUACCUCCUGCUGCCUACUGGUUAUCGAAGAGAGAGAAGACCAUUUUCUGCCAAAGGUUAGCUAAGUUUAGAGGCCCUGAUGGUUAUUGUGGUAAUAUUGCGAAUAGUGUUUCAGUUAACCCUCCAAAUAUUGGUAGUUUAAAGUCGCAUGAUCAUCAUGUCUUAGUACAGAACUUGUUACCAGCUGCAUUAAGAGGGUUGUUACAUAGGGGUCCUAGGAUAGCCAUAAAUAGAUUAUGCAGUUACUUCAACAGGUUGUGUCAGCGCAUCAUUGACCCAGAGAAACUUAUAUCCAUGGAGACAGAGUUUGUGGAGACAAUGUGUCAGCUGGAGCGCUUCUUCCCUCCAGCCCUUUUUGAUAUCAUGUUUCACCUUCCACUACAUUUAUCAAGAGAGGCACGGUUGGGAGGACCAGUUCACUUCCGAUGGAUGUAUCCCUUCGAAAGGUACAUGAAAACACUAAAGGCUUUUGUUAAGAAUUAUGCAAGGCCAGAAGCAUGUAUGGCUGAGGCGUAUUUAGCUGGAGAAUGUGUUGCAUUUUGUUUAGAGUUCCUUAAAGAAUCAGUACCAGUUCAAGAAGCAGUUAAUCGUAAUGAAGAUGUUGAGGCUGAUAGAAUGGUGGUUGAAGGCCGACCUCUGCAGAAGGGUAUAGAGGUUACCCUGUCAGAUAAAGAUAGAGACAUUGCACAUCGAUAUGUGCUAAUGAACAUGGCAUCUUUGGAUCCCUUUCUUGAGUAA